AUGGGGCCACUGUCCUUUCUCUUGCUCUCGGUCUGCCCUCGCACAUCCGCUAUCCUAGCAGCCUCUGCUGAGUUCUUCAACAUCACGAUCGACGACCACUAUCGCCACUCCGUCUUCGAGUACUUCAUCUACUCUCUGUCCAGCGCAUGGACAGCUGGAAGCGCGACCGGGCAAGGCAAGGUCGUGUACAACACCUGGUAUCAAACGAACCUCACCAAAGACCCCACGGUUACGCCCUCGGAGGUGAAGGCGACCGUGGCAUUCACCGGCAACGCAGGCUCCUCGGUCUACGUCUUCGGCGGCGUCCUUGCCAGCUCUAGUACUGAGCUUCGAUCCAGGCUCAACGGGACGGCUCUCUCCGAUAAUUUCACCUUCUCCACCCCGCAGGGGCCGACCAGUUACAGCUACAACCAAUGA